AUGCGCAUCAGCAGCCAGCGAUCAGCGCACAUAGCUGGAAAGAUGGCGGCCGGUUCAGGGGCUGCAAGCGGGCACGGAGCCCGCAGCUCCAACUCUGGCCUGGAAGCGUCCGUAGACCGACGGCUUCAGGGAGUAUCCAACACCAUGGAGUCGAUACAGGGACUAUCAAACUGGUGCAUUGAAAACAAAAAGCACCACGGCCUCAUCGUCCGCCACUGGAUGAAGUGGCUCAAGAAAUCUGACAACAAUCACCGCUUGAAUCUCUUUUAUCUUGCCAACGAUGUGAUACAGAACUGCAAGAGAAAGAACGCCAUUGUCUUUCGUUCAGCCUUCGCAGAAGUCCUUCCUAAUGCUGCCCAGUUUAUCAGAGAUGGGAAAGUCCGCAAGUCUGUGGAAAGGAUUUUUACCAUUUGGGAGGAAAGGAGCGUGUAUCCUGAAGAGGUCAUUGCUCAGUUUAAAGCUGGCAUAAACAAAAAGGAAAAGGAGCGAGAGAAGCAGAAAGAAAAGGAAAAGGAGAAGGAACGGGAGAGAGAGAAGGAGAAGGAAAAGGAAAUGGAGAAGGAAAAGGAGAGAGAAAAGGAGAAAGAAAAGGAAAAACAAAAGGAGACUCCACCGGCAACUGCCAACACCAAAGCUGCCCUCAAGUCCAAGAUUGUAGCAGAGUUCACUCCCCACUCCCUCAUCGAGCAGUUGUCAAGUUAUAAGCGAGCCGUCGCAGAGGAGGAGUUCAGGGAGAAGCAGCUGGCAGCUCUCAGGGUAGACGUCUGCAGCACGGAGGCUCUCAAGAGACUUAAAGACAAGGCAGGAGGGAACAAGUUUGCGAAAGACUUUGAGGAUGGAAGUCUGAAGCUGCAGGAGUUUGUCGUCUUCAUGGAGAAAGAGUUGAAAACAGGGCCUCCUCUGCUGGAAGCUUUGGGAAACGCGGACAUUUUCUACGAGAUGCAGUACAAGGAGGUUAAAAUUGUGGCCAAUGCGUACAACGCCUUUGCCAACCGUGUUGCCAGCCUUAAAAGAAAAUUGGAUUCCCUCAAGUCGACUCUACCUGGACCCGAGGACUCUCCCAUCCCCUCACCCUCUGAGGACGCCCCCUCUCCCACAGGCUCUGACUCCCCCUACAUGGGACUAGGUUCUAGCAGAGCCCAGGUGGAUCCAGAGCUGGAUGGCAAGGCCAUGGAUGAAGGAGAGAUGCCCAGUGACAACAGACACAUGGAGGACAUGGAUAUGUCUGAUGAAGAGGCUGGCGCUGCCACAGCUGGGGAUGACAAUAAGGACAAGAUGUCCACCGCUGUUGCCAAGUCAGACGCAGCAUCAAAGGUUCCCACCACACCAACGAAAGCUUCAAAGACCAACGCCACUGCUGCUGCCACGGCAACGCCAGUGACUCCCACCCCUGCGGCAGCUCAAAGCACCCCAACAACCCCAAUGGGAAUGAAUCUGGAGAAGGUGGACCUGGGAAAGAUCAGCUCCAUUCUCAGCUCACUCACAUCUGCCAUGAAGAAUACAGCAGCUAGCCCGUCACCUCGGCCGUCUCCAGGAACGCCCACCACUCCUUCUGGCCAAGCAGCGGCCUCCAAAGCGACCUCUUCGAGUCCUCACUUGGCCAACUUCCUGUCGCGUGUUGAUAUCACACCUGAAGGCAUACUCAAUGCUCUGUCUAAAACCAACACACCAGCUUUGUCCUCUCUCCUGCAAAGUGUGACCAACGCCACCACAGCUCCUCCCAACCGAACCUCCCCAGAAUCCUCAGCAGUUAAAACCCAGCUCACCCCGACCACCCCAAAAUCAAAACCCCCUCUGGGGAACAGCCUCAAACGAGACACACCUGGGAGAACCCGAGACUGGGAGAAAGGGAGACAGCUGUCCCCUCCUCCUCCUCCACCCCCUCCUCGCCUCUCAGCUCCUUCUGUUUCUCCCCCCAGCCUGGAAUCAAAAAUCAACAGCUUCCUGCAGGGCAAUCCAGGUUUCAGUCUCGCUCUGGGUGAUGUCAGCCCCGAUGGGGUGGAUGGGACCCCAGUGAGAGACGAAGCUGCUGGCACCCCCACCCAGGACGAGAUCAUGGACACACCUGGCAGUGUGCCAGAAUCUUUAGGGUCAUCUGGAGGUCAUAACCUCUCACCCACGGCCUACCGCAGUGAACCCUGGGAUGCCGUGAUCACCCCGUCAGGAAGCAGCAGCAACGGAGACUUCCUGAGCUCCUCCUCCUCCUCCUCCUCCUCACGGUAUGGAGCUGGAAAAAAGGGUGGCACGAAAUCAAAGGACGAUGAAGUGAUGACUGGGAGGAAGCAGGUAUCCUCUUCCCCCAGUAACGACAUGAAGGGUAAGAAAGAUGGACAACACGGCCAGCUAAGAAUGAUGGGAAACAACAGAGGGAUCGGAGAAAGGAGACAGUCUUCGGGCUCUCGUAAGGCCAGCAGCGGCUCAGAUGAUGGAGGUCUGAGCGGAAAGAGAGAGGGGAAAGCUGAACAGUCUCCAGGUGGGGAUGGGAGGGAGGGCCAGUACCAUCGCAUCGAGACACUAGUGUCUCCCUAUACCGAAGGGGCACCCAUCCAAACUCUAGGCUACUCAAACCGCCCACUCGCUGGAGAGCGCAUCAAGACGGUAGAGAGCAUCCGUGUGAUUGGCCGAGGUUCUCGGCGAGGGGGAGGGGCUGGUGGUCGCCCGGGGGGAGCCAUGUGGUAUGAAGAGGAGGAAUACAUGGAAGCUCAGCCUCCCUCACCCCAUGCUCUCCCCUCUCCUCUAAACAUUGGCAACGACGACAUGACCCCCUCCAUGCCUCCUCCUCCCCCACAUCUCCUCCUCCCCCCACAUCUCCACCCCCCGUCCCAUCCUCACGCACAUCCUCCACCUCAAUCUCCGUUCCAAAUGCCCUACCACACGGAUAACAUCCAGAAUCCUCCUCCAUCACUCCUCCACCAGCAUCCUCCUCCUCCAUCCCAUUUCUUCGGCCCUCCUCCACCGAUCCCACGACCCCCUCCACCUCCCGUGCCCCAGCGCCCUUCUCCUCCACCCAACCACCAUGCUGUGCCCUCCGCUGUCAUGGUUGGGGGAGUGUUGGUCCCUGUAGAUCGACCCCUUUCUCUUCCCCACUCAGUCAGACCUGAAGGUGUAGAUCGUAGCGGAGUAGGGCACCGAGGAAGCAAAAUGGGCCCUCCACCCCUCAUGGGGUCGUUGCUAGGCGAGCCCCCUAAGCUGCACCGCCCUGGCACAGUUAAAGAGCCUUUUGUCCCCCGCCAUGCACCCCCUCCCCACCGCCCAGGUACCCCUGGUGUUCCCCUGCCCUUACUGGGCAGAGUGAAGGAGCCUCUGAAUCUACCUCUUCCUCCCCCCUCUCCCACAUCCUCCACACCCUCUCCCUCCACGCCUAAUUCCCCUGCUGUCGACGCUCUCCCUGCUCGUCUCCCUGCUCAGUCUGCUUCUCUCCAGAAGCCCCCCACUAGUCCCCCUCCUCAGCCCCGCAACCAAACCUCUAACCCCGUCCCCCUCCUCAACUUGCCCAGUACUCGACCCCCCAUGCUCUCAGUCCCCAUCCCACAGAGACCUCUGAUGCGAGGCCGAAACCCCUCUCAGCAGUUUAACCAGGAUCGCCCCAUGGGGGGAUUUCGCGGAGGCAAGCGGUCCGGUCCUCCGUACACAGGUGGUCCUUUCCAUUCGCAGAAGAGACCCUUCCUCCCCCCACGCUACUGAAGUGGUCAUCUAACACAAGCCGAAUGAGAAGUGCAACUCCCUGCACUGAAGUGCAGAGUGUGUGUUAGCCCUGCUGGUAUGAGCCCAGAUAUCUUUUCUCUGUUGAUUAGCUUGAAUUAAAAACUACCUUAGGUUGUGUGUAAAUAGUGGAUUAAAUCUUCAUGCUUCAGCUAAGUAGCCAACCAACCAACUCACACUGUACAGUGCAGCUAUGAGGUUAGUAGUUACAUAGUGCAGAGUGUUGUGUAACAACCCUCAAUCUAUCCCAUUUAUUCCAUUUCUCCAACUUUUUCACUAACCAUAGAAGGAAAAGGAAGAUAGUUAAGUUAGACAUUUUUGUGUGAAUGCUGGUUUACUUAACUGAGAGAGAGCAGGAGAGUGAAAGAGAGGUAUGGGUCUCAUAGGAUAUACAGGAAAGAAUAAAAAGCAAUAGUUUGACAUCUUGGGAAAUGAGCUUAUUUGCUUUCUGUGUGUUGGAUGAGAACAUCAAUAUAAGUCUCAUAUAUAUGUGAUAAAUAUGACGCCAGAGCCUGUUAGCUUAGCUUAGAAUAAAGACUGGAAAUGGGUGAACAGCUGCCUUAGAUCAGUCUAAAGGUAAAAAAAAACACCUCUGAAGUUCACUGAUUAACACGUGGAAUGUUGUUUGUUUAAUCCAUACAAAAAUGUAAGUGUAAAAAUGAACAAAUGAAAAAAUUGUUGUUAUACGGGGGAUUAUAUUCUGGGUAAUUUGGGGCAACAAAACUACAGGAAGUAACCUUGUUCCCUUUAGAUGGAACCAGGUCAGCUGUCUGCCCGUUUCCAGUCUUUAUACUAAGCUGAGCACAUGGUCUCCUGUCCACAGCUUCAUAUUUAACAGACAGAUGUGUCAUCUAACUCAAAGAAAUCCAGUAGCCGUAUUUCCCAAAAUGUGAAAUUAUUCCUUUAAAAAAAAAAGUUCCAAAGUGAUCUCUUUUUCUGUGAGUGUAUGAGUGUGUGCUGUGUGUCCUUACAUUUCUCAUUUGAAGUGCAGAGAUUUGCGUUGCAGCCGAGGUCAACACUUGUUCACAUCACCAGAGUACCUGCUGUAAAUACUAUUCUUCUCUUGCUCAACCUUUUUUCACCCUCUCAUCUCUCCCACUGUAUAUUUCUAAGCUUGUAAAUAUAAAAACUGAGAUGACACAGCUUUUUUUUCCUCUUCAAGCUCUUGUUUCUGUCAAUGAGGACAAUGAUCGUCGACUUAGCCCCCCGUCUUUACUGUGAUUGAGGCCUUGGAUAAGCUUUAGCUCCGGAAGAAUUUCUCUGCAGUGUCUUGUCGCACCUUUCGGUCCUCCUUUUGAAACCACCAUGCAGAAGAGGAGGGUGAAGAUAAUUAUGUAUUUUUUAUUUCCAGCAUUAAGGUCUGCCUGAGCGCGCUUCCAGUUAGACUGAAUCAUGAAGAUUCUCUGUAGUGGACGGCGGGUGGGGGGAGGUAUUAGAGUUUUGAACCACACUCUUGCUAGGCUUCAACAUGUACUGACUUGAAUAAAAUCCAGUUUCAAUACAACUGGGGGGGAGGCAUUUUAUUUGGUCACUAUAUAUAAAUAUAUCACUUGAAUUGCGCUGUUGUAAUUAAUUUGCGCUGUUCAGCUGAUUUUUUUUUUCUGCCUGUAUUCAGAGAAAUUGUUUUCAUUUAUUUACAUAGCUGCUGCUGCCAUUUUUCAUAAUGCAUUACAUUUAACGCCUUUUAUUUUUGCGCUGUAUUUUUAGACUAGACAGAAUUGACAGUUUUCCUGUUUGCAACAGCGCCCUCACAUGGUAGCAGGGGAACGAAACACAAUUGAGCUAAUGAGUUUUGAAAAUGGUUUAUUUAAAUACUAAAGUUGUAUUCGGCCCCUUCCUCAUUUUUUUUUUUUUUUUUUUUUUUUGCUUACUUCAUGCUUUUUCCCCUCAAGCCCCUGUGCUUACCUUGUGCUUCACAUGGCUUCGUCCAGAAACACUUGUGCACCUCUCUUUACUUCAGGGUAAAAAAAAAGGUUGGCACAAUGGCACUAAUCCUCCAUCUUCUGCAGGAAUUAUUGCCGUAAUACUUCCCUCUGUUCUACACUGAUAUAGUUAGCCAUCACAGUGAGAGGUGCAUGCUGGGUGUUGCUGCUCAAAGCCUCAUGUCGCUCCUGUUUGUCAGAUCAUGGAGUGUUUCUUGUCUCCUGUGCUCAUUUACAGUUACAUCAAGAUGCACUGAGCACCUGCAAACGUUUCCACAUAAAGUUUGAUACAUUGUUAAAAUGUAACCACAAAGAGUGUAUUAGUCACUACAGUGUUAGCGGUUCAUCAGAGCUCUGAUGUUUUACUGAAUGUUCUAUAAGUCUGUUACCACCUUCUGUAAACUGUAUGUCUUUUCUCUGAUCACUCACUGAAACAGCUAAAUAUCAACCUUAAAUCAGUUCGGUGUGGUCACGUUGCACAGAGUGAAAGCUGGAUUAACUGUUAUAAAAUUCUUCCUGCUUACAAAGCACCUACCAAGUUCAAUAUUUCAAUUGUUCCUAUAAAUAAGCUCUAUACAUUUACUCUUUCAGAAAUUGAGUUUGAAAUUGACUGAAGUUGUUACAAAGCUGAUGGUCUGUGUAUAUUUGUUAAGUUUAAUUGCUCUUACUGCUGUUCUCAUCAAUGAUGCUUUAUCCCCGGUCUUUGAGUGUCCAAUCCUUUCUGGUGUGAUAAACAUGCACUCAUUCUAUCAUUGUCAUAGUGAAUAUAUCCAUACUUUAAGAGCUGAGUACAUCUUCAUACUUUUAAUCUGUUUUUUGUUUUUACACAAAGCAUAUUACAGAUCACAAGAAAGACUAACAUUUUUAGUGCAAAGGAGUGACUUGCAGCCAUUUAACUUGCAUACUAAGUACAUCUGACAUUUUGUUUGUGGUUGCACCAUUGACCGUAAGCAGUCGGUGCUCUGUCUUAAUCCAAUAAGGGAGGAGAAAUGCUGUUUUCCAUUACCUUUUUUUUUUUCUGCUUGCAAAGAUCUCUACUCACACUUUUCUCUCAUAACCUCCUUGAGAAGACUGAUUGUUUCUUAUUUUUUCUUUUUUUUUUUGAUUGUUGCUUAACAUUUUCACACUACGAUGCACACUGUUGUUGGAAAGCCACAUUUUAGAAAUGCCAUUAAAUAACUGUG